AUGUCCAACCCCGCUGCAGACUCCGCUGUCCCCGCGGCCAGUCGAGGAUCCUGGUCUUCUUUUUUAAAGUCCAUUGCCUCGUUCAACGGUGACCUAUCUUCCCUAACCGCACCUCCCUUCAUCCUCUCUGGCACCUCCCUUGUGGAAUUCUCCACCUACUGGGCCGAGCACCCCGCGAUUUUCAUAGCCCCGGCACGGGAACUGGAUCCAGCCAAAAGGGCCUUGCUAGUACUGAAAUGGUUCCUCAGCACCCUGCACCAACAAUAUGCCACACGAAGUGAAAAAUUAGGGAGCGAGAAGAAGCCAUUGAAUCCGUUUUUGGGAGAGCUAUUCCUGGGUCGCUGGGAAGAUGAUGGAAAUGUUGGGGAAACAACCCUAUUCAGCGAGCAGGUUAGCCACCACCCGCCUGUGACAGCGUAUUCAAUACAAAAUGAAAAACACCGUGUUCAAUUGCAAGGAUACAAUGCCCAAAAGGCCUCCUUCUCGAGUACCAUCAACGUCAAGCAAAUUGGCCAUGCGCUCUAUUCUAUUCCCGUUCCAAACUCUGACGGGACUGAUCGUGAAACGUAUCUGAUCACUCUACCAUCACUGCACAUCGAAUCAUUAAUAUAUGGCACACCUUUUGUCGAAUUAGACCGCUCAAGUCAGAUUGUCAGUUCUACUGGUUAUGUUGCCAAAAUUGAUUACUCUGGUAAAGGAUGGUUGAGUGGGAAAAAGAACACCUUCAGCGCAGUAUUGUACCAUCAAAAUGACGGAGAAAAGAAUCCCCUCUACACUGCCGAUGGCCAAUGGUCGAAAGAUUUCGUGAUCAAAGAGGCAAGGGGUAAAAAAGUAGAAGUUGAGAAGUACAGCGCUGCGAGCACUAAAACCACUCCACUCACUCUGGCCAAACCAGAAGAUCAAGAUAUAUUCGAAUCGCGUCGUGCGUGGAAGGAUGUUGCUCGAGCCAUCGAACGUGGCGACAUGGAUGCAACCUCAGUCGCAAAAAGUAAGAUCGAAAAUGCCCAAAGGGAGCUUCGCAAGGUAGAAAAGGAAGAAGGCCGAGAAUGGGACCGACGAUUCUUCAAGCGGGCAGAUGUUGGUGAUGACGAAGUGUUUAAAAAGCUUUUGGGCAUGUUAGGCCUCAAUGAUCCCGCUCCCGUGGCUCUUGAAAGCGAUAAGACCAAUGGAGUAUGGAGAUUCGAUCCUAAUUCCGCGAAGGGCGCAACUCCUCCGUAUUAUGCAGUGGGAGGCCAAUGCUUAGGCCUUGAACAAGCUCCCGGUAAAGAUACAGAAGAAGGGAAUAGUUUGUAA